CCCGACACCACAUCCAGCCACACGGGUGACCACGCUCGCACUCGUCCCGCCGCCUCCGGCGUGCAGAGCUCCCCUCGCCCGGCCCCGGCCCCGCGCUGCCCGCAGGGAUGUGGCUGUACCUGGCGGUGCUGGUGGGGCUGUACCUGCUGCGCCGGUGGCACCGGGAGCGGCAGCGGGUGCCCGACCUGGCCGAGAAGUACGUGCUGAUCACGGGCUGCGACUCGGGCUUCGGGAACCUGCUGGCGCGGCAGCUGGACGCCCGGGGGCUGCGGGUGCUGGCGGCGUGCCUGACGGAGCCGGGGGCCGCGCAGCUGCGGGCGGCCGCCUCGUCCCGGCUGCAGACCCUCCUCCUGGACGUCACCUCCAGCGAGAGCAUCGCCGCCGCCGCCGCCUGGGUCGAGGGACGCGUCGGCGACAGAGGGCUCUGGGGGCUGGUGAACAAUGCGGGCAUCGCCAUCCCCACGGCCCCCAACGAGUGGCUGCGCAAGGAGGACUUUGUGCGGGUGCUGAACGUCAACCUGGUGGGGCUGGUGGAGGUGACGCUGAGCCUGCUGCCCCUGGUGCGGCGCGCCCGGGGCCGGGUGGUCAACGUGGCCAGCGCGGCCGGGCGGCUCACCUUCUUCGGCGGCGGCUACUGCCCCUCCAAGUACGGCGUGGAGGCCUUCUCCGACAGCCUCCGGCGGGAACUCCGUGACUUCGGGGUGCGGGUGUCCAUCAUCGAGCCCGGCUGCUUCCGCACGCCCAUCGUGGACUCGGAGGCAGCGCGGGACAGCGUCGCACGCGCCUGGAGCCUCUGCUCCGACGAGGUCCGGCAGGCCUACGGGCACCACUACUUCUCCACCUACAACAGCGAUUUUCUGCGCCUCCUUUCCACGGCCAACUCCAACCUCUCCCUGGUCACCUCCGCCAUGGAGCACGCGCUGACGGCUGAGCACCCGCGCACUCGCUACUCCUGUGGCCUGGACUCCCAGCUCUACUACAUCCCGCUGUCCUACCUGCCCAGCUCCUGGACUGACCGCUUGCUCCACUCCAGCGCCCUCAAGCCGUCUGGCAGCGCCUAGGGAGCCGCCCGGAGCGGGGACGCCGACGCGGCGCUUGCGGACACUGCAAGCCUGGCGGGGACGGGCCGCUGCCUGCCGGCCCCGCGCCGCAGCUCGCUGCGCAGGCGGUUCCGGCGCUGGCGGUCGCCUCAAUAAAAGCAACGCUGCUUCCAAGCGGGUCUCAGGUGGC